AUGGAAGAAGAUGAGAAGAACGGGUCGAAUCGGUCUUAUGACCUAGAGCCCGAAAAAGAAGCAGAGUCACUUGGUGGCUACUGGAGGAUCUUUCGAUAUGGCUCGUCCAAGGACUACACCUUGCAGGCCUGUGCCACUGCCUGUGCAUUAGGAUCUGGGGUGGGCAUGGCUCUGGUCAAUUUGGUGUUUGGCCAGUUCAUCACACUCAUCACGGACUAUACCACGGGCGACUCGGAUCCAUCGCAGUUCCGGAACGAGGCCGGAAGACUUAGUCUCUUCUUCUUCGUCAUUGGUCUUUGUCGAUUUUUCCUCACUUACGGAUACAGCACAUUGUUCACACUGGCGGCAUACCGUAUCACACGAAACAUUCGCCGCCUGUACCUGAAAGCAGGACUCAGCCAGGAAAUUGCAUUUUUUGAUGCUGGAUCCAGUGGAUCCAUUGCCAUGCAGGCGACUUCCAACGGCCGACUGAUUCAAGCCGGUAUUUCGGAGAAGCUGGGGCUUGUAGUUCAGGGACUUUCCACUUUUAUCUCGUCCUUCGUUUUGGCCUUUGUCACCCAAUGGAAGCUGACUCUCAUCUGCUGUUGUAUUGCCCCAGCAAUGCUACUCGCUUUGGGCGUAGUCGCCACAGUUGAAGCCGGGAUUGAAACGAAAAUUCUCAAAGUCCAGGCCCAGGCUGGCACUUUCGCUGAGAGCAUUCUGUCAAGUACUCGAACCGUGCAUGCUUUUGGUCUUCGAGAUCGCCUCCUGCGAGACUAUGACAAGUUCUUGGAUGUUUCCAGCCGACUUGGGAAAAAGAAAAACCCCCUGUUUGGUUCCCUGUUCGCCACUGAGUACACCAUCAUCUAUGCAGGAUUUGGCUUGUGCUUUUGGCAGGGUAUCAAGAUGAUAUCCAAUGGAGAGGUGAAGGAGGUUGGAGAUGUUUUUAUUGUCCUUAUGUCUGUCAUCAUCGCAGCCACAAGCUUGACCGCGAUCAUGCCUUAUAUGAUUGAAUUUACUCGCGCUGCCUCGGCUGCAUCGGAGCUAUUUCAACUCAUGGACCGUACCUCGAGUAUCGACCCAUUCGAUGAAUCUGGCAAUAGACCGACGGGCGUGACGGGUUAUCUCGAUUUUGACAAUGUCUCGUUCGCUUACCCCACGCGCCCCGACGUCAAAGUUUUGGAUGACUUCUCCCUGCAUAUUCCCGCCGGGAAGACAACUGCGCUUGUCGGAGCAAGCGGCUCUGGCAAGAGUACUAUUGUUGGACUGAUUGAACGAUGGUACAACCCUCUCGCGGGGAAGAUCAAGCUGGACGGCCAGAUUUUGGACCAAUUCCACCUCAAAUGGCUGCGUCAGAACGUGAGGCUUGUUCAGCAGGAACCUGUUCUGUUCUCAGGGACAGUCGCCGAGAACAUCGCUCAUGGCCUUGUCGGUACACCGUGGGAACAUGAAGCCCCAGCCGAGAAGCUGGUUAGGAUUCAAGAAGCUGCUAAAAUUGCCUUCGCUCAUGACUUCAUUACUGAGCUUCCCAACGGAUAUGACACCGUAAUUGGUGAGAGAGGUGGACUGCUAUCAGGUGGUCAGAAGCAGCGGGUUGCAAUUGCUCGCAGCAUUGUUGCGCAGCCACGGGUUCUUCUUCUAGAUGAAGCGACGAGUGCACUUGAUCCCCACGCCGAGGAGGUCGUUCAACAGGCGCUGAACAACGUUUCGAAGGGACGGACGACCAUCACAAUUGCACACAAGCUGGCCACUAUCCGGGAUGCUGAUAAUAUCGUGGUCAUGGAGAGUGGCCGCAUCCUCGAGCAAGGAACACAUGACUCUCUUCUGGCAUCGAACGGCGCCUAUGCGCGACUGGUGCGGGCUCAAGAUCUGUCUGUGGCCGCACGAGGUCCGGAAGAAGCUUCGAGCAAUGAAGAUUCAGACGAAGAUAAUCAUGUCCCGCUGACCGGUGAACUCACUCGGUACUCCUCGAUGACACGGUCAGGCUUGGAGAAGCAAUCGUCGCGGGAUGAUUUCGACAAUUGGAAACGAUUGGGACUUCUUCCAACAAUUUGGCGGCUCAUCACAUCAACUUCUGAACUCAAGUGGACUUUCGCGAUCCUGAUUCUGGCGUGCUUCACAGGAGCUGCUGCUUUCCCCGGCCAAUCCAUCUUGAUGUCCAGGUUCAUCGAAGUCUUCCAGUUCACAGGUUCAGCCAUGCGGGAAAAGGGAAACUUCUUCGCUCUCAUGUUCUUCGUUCUGGGACUCGGAUCCUUCGUCGUCUACUUCAUCAUCGGAUGGACAUCAAACGUUGUGGCACAGACAAUGAAUCACAAGUACCGGAAGCAAAUCCUCAGUGACAUAAUGAAGCAGGACCUACAGUUCUUCGAUCGCCCUGAAAAUACCACAGGAGCCCUGAGCAGCCGUGCCGACUCAAACCCUCGCGCCGUGUAUGAGCUCAUGGGCUUCAACGUUGCCCUGAUUCUGAUCGCAUCGGUCGGUGUGUUGGCAUGUGCCAUUCUGGCGAUUGUAUAUGCAUGGAAGCUCGGCCUGGUGAUUGUCUUGGCUGGACUUCCUCCCAUGCUCCUCUCGGGCUACGCUCGCAUCAGUCUGGAGGGUUUGAUGGAAGAUAAGAUCUCCAAAAUGUUUUCUCAGAGCGCAUCGAUCGCUUCGGAGGCUGUGAGUGCCAUCCGAACGGUAUCUUCUUUGGCGAUCGAGACCUCGGUCUUAGAGCGUUAUACGCAGGAGCUGGAUCGUGCGAUCGCCGCAUCUACAAAACCAGUGCUUCUCAUUAUGCUUCCCUUUGCAUUCACGCAAACUGUUGAAUAUUCCUUCCUGGCACUCGGAUUCUGGUACGGCUGUCGUCUUGUCUCCUUUGGCGAACUGAGCAUGGUCAACUUCUUUAUCUCAUUUCUGAGUGUCUUUUUCUCUGGCCAGCAAGCUUCGAUUCUUUUCGGCUUCUCAAGCAGCAUGACAAAAGCAACAAACGCGGCCAAUUACUUGUUUUGGCUUGAGGAGCUAGAUCCUACAAUUCGAGAGACUGACGAAAACCGCGAUGUCGGCCCAACUGACUUCAAAUCCGUGCAAUUGGAAAACCUGCAAUUCUCCUAUCCAAUGAGACCGCAUGCUCGCGUCCUUCGUGGCAUUGACCUUCAUAUUACAAAGGGGCAAUUUGUAGCAUUCGUCGGCGCCUCCGGCUGUGGAAAAAGCACAAUGAUCAGCAUGCUCGAGCGUUUCUAUGAUCCGGUCGCCGGUCACAUCAAAAUCGACUCGCUUGCAUUGGACCAAUUCAACCCAUGGCUGUAUCGGGGCCAAGUGGCACUUGUGCAGCAGGAGCCCACGCUCUAUCCUGGCACUAUUCGUGAGAAUGUCUCCAUGGGAUCACCAACUGGUGACGGAUCAACUGUUUCCGACCACGAUAUCGAGGCCGCCUGUCGGGCUGCGAAUGCUUGGGUCUUUAUCUCUUCUCUACCAGAUGGUCUUAUGACUCUCUGUGGCGCCAAUGGGACACAGCUCUCUGGUGGCCAGCGUCAACGCAUUGCCAUUGCCAGGGCGUUACUCCGAAAUCCUCGUCUGCUCUUGUUGGAUGAAGCAACAAGUGCGUUGGACACGCAGUCUGAGAGGAUUGUUCAAGAUGCGCUGAACGAGGCGGCAGCUCAAGGGGACAGAAUCACAAUUGCGGUUGCCCAUCGUUUAUCGACUGUUCGCCAUGCCGAUGUGAUUUGCGUUUUUGACGGGGGUAGGAUUGCGGAGUCUGGGACGCAUGAGGAACUACUGGCCAAAGGGCGACUUUAUCCCAAGAUGUGUGAGGCUCAGAACCUAGGCACCUGA